AUGCGCAAUGAUUAUGAGGACGCAGCCCACCUGAACGGGUCGUCUCACGACUCGGCGGUGUACACUGGAGGCCAGGUCGAGUACGAUCCGUACCGGGGAAGCGAGUACGGUGCGCUAAAAGAGAACCAACCUCGGACAACACGGUCUGCCUCGGUUGCGGACAGCAAGCGCCCGGCCACGGAGCGUACUCAAUCGGGCGACGUAGCAGAGCACUCGAAAUGGAUUCAUCGGGACAAGUUGGCGAAGAUCGAGAGCGAAGAGCUGCAGGCAGCUGGAAUCGUGUUACCUAGGGUCAGAGCACCCAGUCGGCCUCGACGGGAUCGAAGCCAAGACAAGGCAAGCCUCCAGAGGCGCGAUACCGACAACUCUCUGCAUAGCCACACACGCCCAACCUCUCGCAAGAACUCGGUUCAGUCGGACUGGACGCCGGAGGUCGAGGUGCCAAGCUGGGAUCUGCGUCUGCCCGACGAGAUCGCAGAGGAUGCUAACGAGCAGUACUGGAUUCAGGGCGGCACUGGUAAAAGCUCGAAAAUCCCUGUUGCGAAACUCAGUCCGGCUCCGAUACCAGCGGACUUUCUCGACCGUGACGCUCCCAUGUCCCGGAAAGCUAGUCACGGAACACUUCUCGACGACGAUCAAUCCUUCUCCUUGUCUAAAACACGUACUGCUAGCGGCAGCUCGCACCUCAUGGACGAUUCUCCCAAGGGACAAUCCGCGAAGAAGCAAGCAGGGGAGACCUCGCCAAAGAAGGCCGCCCAACCCCGCAAGUCUUCGGGUCCUGCCAAGCCAGUUGCACAGUCCCGGCCCAAGACUAGGUCCGGUUCGACUUCAAAUGAAAAGGGUCGCAGCACUUCGACGACGAGGCCAACCACGAGAUCAGGCGAGAUCCGAGCCCCCGAAGGCGAACCGCCGUGGAUGGUAUCGGCUUACAAGCCGGACCCUCGCCUGCCACCGGACCAACAACUCCUACCUACUGUUGCGAAGCGCUUGCAGCAGGAGAAAUGGGAGUCUGAGGGCAAGUUCGGCAACGUAUACGACACAGACUUCCGGCCCCUGAAUGAGCACGAGCUUUUGAAGCCCCCGGAGCUGCAGAAGCCCAAGGUCGCUCCGGAAGAGCCCGAGCAAAAUCCAGAAUGGCCGCUACGGGGAGAGGCUAAGAGUCCCACAAUCGGCAGCCGGCCGGGCACAAGUUCAUACUCGACCAUGCCAAAGAUUCAGGACAAGCCCCAGGUCAGCCCAAUGCCAAGUCCGCGGAUCGGCGCACCUCCUAUCCAGCCUCAGCCUCAGCCAACGGCAGAGCAGCGACCGGAGCCGCUGGAAGUUGCGGAGGAGAAGAAGAAGAAGGAAGCGGGCUGUGGCUGCUGCAUCGUCAUGUAG